AUGCCGGUGGCAACCCGUCGCAGCACUCGUCGAAGCAAGAGUUGCCUCGAAUUGCGCAACCUUUUUGAACGUCCUGUCACACCUACAGAAUCACCCCCAGAGUCUCCCACAGAAUCUACAGACACAGACAGCAGCGAUGGCAGAAAUAGCAGUGAUGGAAAUGACGAAGAUUUCUCUCCGGAAUCUUUCCUGUCGACCUUGCAAGAAACAAUUGGAUGUCGGCCCAGAAAAGUCUUGGGGACGCCUCUCUUUGAUUUCAUUGUUUCUGGAAACGAAUCCCUGUCACCUGGAUGGCUCCGAAAGAAGCUUGUAGCCAUUGAUGCAGCCAAGAUUGAAAUGAAGGAAAAGAAAAUCAUGCUGUUCAUUUUCAUGAGUCUCUCUGGAGCAGGAUGGGGCGAGGAUGGGUAUUCUCCCACUGACCUUUUAUCCACGGCAUGGGGUGUUGCAAGCCCAACAAUUCGCAGGGCAUGUUCCUCGGCCUUGGAUCAAGAUUUCCUUCAUUGGAUUACUUGCGCAGAGAACAGCAAUACGGAAAGCUCCGAGACCGACGAAGGCAACAAAAAGCGAUCUGUUCGUUCCCAACUUCAACAUCCUUCCAGCGACAAUCCAUCCAACGCAGAGACCGAAGCUGUCUUCUCGCCUGCUCUCAUAGACCGUGAUCCCAAGCGUCGAGACCUCAGGAAUACUCCCUUAUUUCUGCCCGAAACACCAAUAGAUUUGGCAUCACCUGCCAGCGCACUGUCUCCAGUUCAAAGUGUUUGCUCCCCGGUUAGCACCUUGGAUUCUGAAGAGUUCUUGUCGCCAAUGAAUCGCGAACAAAAUGAUCGGUCUUCUCGGCGCAAUGGGACACGUCUUGACUUCACUCGAGCUGAAAAGAUAGACGCCACAACUCAGACGGAUGAUGAUGAUCUGUUUCUUGUGGAUGAUUCAGCACCUGAUGAGAGCCCUCCGACUGCCUUGGAUAGGCGACACCUGGCCGAGAUUGAUCAAGGAAUCAUUAGCAAAGAGUGUGAAGCAGCAAUUGGACGGGCUGUUGCUUUGCUUUUCAAAAGGAAAAGAGAUGCUAUUAAUCCUCAAAGUUGCGACAACCAAGUCGAAAACGAGCCAGAUGAAAACGAGCCAGAGGAAAAUGAAGAAAAUGACAUCAUUGGUUGCAACUUGAACAAGAUCCUCAGAGAAUCGUUGGAGGCAUCUGCCAAUAUUAUUACACUGCGACCGUUCAAGAGUGGGGGGCCUUUGAAGAUUAUGCGAAUCAAAGAGACGAGGCAGAGGACUGGUGACAAGAAACGGAGGAAGCUUCGUAAAAGAGGCCAUCUUGUUGAGGCUCUGUUUGCCAAUCUUGGAAUCUCACCCGAUGAAAUCUUGUCGAUUCUAGAAAGCCUCGCGAUUCGAAGGGGCUUUCGAUUGAUAAAAGAGAGCGACUGCGGGCUGGACAUUGCAAAAUGUGCAGCAUUAAUGCUGUACCUGCCGGCUACAGCAAGAGGACUCGAACGGCUGCAGAAGUUCAUGAGAUGGGCAUUGCCAUCUAUUGGCAUGUCGUUGUUUCCUCUUCAGCUAAGAAAGAAACUUGCCAAGUAUUCUAUUGAUAUGUUCAAUCUGAAGCUUGGCUUCGAGUUGGCUUCUCUCGAAAUCGGCGGCAACACAAGGAAUGAGCGAUGCCUGCAUGUUUGGAUAGAGGAUCCUGCAGUGGCAAUUCAACGUCUAACACAGAGUGCAUUGGUUGCCGGCAAAUUUGAGGAAUCUUUUCUGUUUUCAAACCACAAAGAUGAGGUUGUAAUUGUACAAGGUUCCGACCGAGGUGGCGACAUCACGGCCAAUCUUGUCAGACUUGCGAACCGGUCUGGUGGCAACAGCUCUCAGCACUGCCUCCCUCUUGCAUUUUAUGAGUUUGGAAAGGAAUCAUAUUUCAACCUCAAGCAAACAAUAUUCAACCCUCACAAACCGACACGGGACUUUCUUCAAUCGCUUUUGAAUGGAGAAUAUCAAAUGAUCGUUGUUACAAUCCACAACAAUAGCUCUGGUGCUGUUGUCGACGCCCAAUGCAAAAUGCUCCGAUUUGUGCGCCCAGGAGAGUGUCGUCGUUGUCCUUCUUUGGUUCGGUAUUUUCAAGACGAGACUGAACCAGUUAACGAAAUGGCCGAACAGAGAGCAUUGCCUCCAUCACUGUCGGUCCAGCUCAUCAAUGCCGAAGAAGAAGCAUCGCUCGAAGAGGGGCAUGAUGCUACUCAACUGGCUCUACAAUUGAUUAUAUCAAAGAUAGAUGAGGAUGUGCCCAACGAAGAAGAUGACGGUAUCGACGAUGGAAAACUUGCCUAUAAAGGAUUCGCUUUGAGAAACUGCUUUGGUCGAGUGGUCUGUACUGAGCCCUUCGACGAGCAUCUCGCUGCUGCUGACAACAGCAUUGUGAGGAUGCGAUGCUUGCAGUGCCGGUGUUUCACAUCAGACGAUAUUAAAUGCAACACAACCCUCAUGGGGCAAGGCUCUGCCUCUGUCAUGUGCCCGUGCACAAUGUGUGUUGCUCCAAAGAAAAGCUUCGCAUCAUUGCUCACCAAGCCUAGCAAUCAACAGGCUGCCGCCCGAGAUGGAGACCUUGCGAAUCCAACGGUGUACGAAAGUUUCGUUGACGACGCGAAGGGGCUUGUGGAGUGGGUGAGAUUGAAUUCUGCUGGUAGGGCCAAGGCGCUGAAACUGAAAUAUCACAGCGUCGUCUAUAAGCCUCUGCUCUACACUCCCCCUCAGCUGAAUACGUGUUCUGGUAUGCAUGUGUCGAGUGGGCUCUUAACCCACUGUACAAUCAAAAUGCUGGACCACUUGGGUGAGUUCGACAAAGCGUCCGAUUGGCUCGAGGAUAUGAGAUCAUCGAUCACAGAGGCGACGCUGUACUUGCAAACAUCAAGUGAGACCACAGACAAGCUUCGAAAAGAUGAUGCAAGGCUUGCACGAGAUGUUCAGGCAGCUACAACAAUGGGUGCUUUUGACAUGAUCCAACAACUCCAAGGAGAUCGUGACAAGAUUGGCGCUCUCCUCUCAGCUCAAACCAAGGCUAGAGACGCUGCCAAGUUCUUUGUCGAAAAAGGAAAGGAGUUUCUUGCAGGCGUUGCCAAAAAGAACCACACCCGAAUAAUUGGCCGUGCCACAUACUGCUUCCGCAAGUCUUUUGAGGUCGAUGGACGAGUCGGAUUCCGUGUUGAAAAUAGCGGUUUUGAGCUGUCGAACGGUGAUGGGAUCCGAGUGCUGGAGAGAAGAGAGAAGAUAGUGGAACGAAUGAAGAGAGUGUUUGACGACAACAAUCCGCAGAUGCAGCAAGGCAUCAACACAUUAAUGGACACGUUUCUGAAGCUAACAGAGCUCCUUUAUAGGAUGUCCGUCAUGAUGAAGAGUCAAAGAAAAUGGCCAGAUUUGGCAUGCAACGAGUUUGAAUCAGCAGCACAACAAUACGCACAACUCUGGCUUUCUUUCGCAGGAGGGAAUGAGUCAAACCCUGCUAUAUUCAACAAAAUGCAUGUAUUGGUUGCCCAUAUUCCGCAAUUCGUCCGAACCCAUGGGAUGCUUGGAAGAGGUUCAGAGGAAGGAUUUGAGUCAUCCCACAAAUGCAUUGAGAAAGUGCGAGACCCACUCAAAUGCAUGACAUCAACAGAGGACAGAGCCCACACUAUCUACCGCAGGAUAAUGCUUCAGUCAAGGCCAGAGAUCGAAAGGACGUUUGAAGGUAUCACUGAGCACUUUACAAGAGCAAAGAGAGGUCCGUAUACGAAAAAUCCUUCGAAAAUGAAAACUGCCGAUCGUGCUCCGGCAGGAAGAGAUGUCGACAGCCUCUCUCUGCCUGAAGGAUUCAUUCAAUCUAUUAAUGGGUAUGUGAUCAAGGCAUCCUGGAAGGAAUUCUUUGAGUAUGUUUGUUUUAGCAAGGUGCCAUUAUCUUGGUCGACGGUCUUCCGGAAUGACGACAGCUUGGGUGAUGGAUGUCGAGUCCGAACGGAGUUUAUCUGA